GGCCAGGAGUCGGGGGAGGGGCCGUCCGUCGACUGGGAGGCGGAGGCGGGAGCAGAGGGAGAAGUGGAACCGGAGGCGGAGGUGGGGCCCGGUCGAAGGCGACGGAUCCUAGCGUAUCCAAUCAGAGGCAGAGCUGACGCUGACGUGAGGAGGGGGCGGGGCUCUCGGCGGCCUUGUUAGUGGGAACCGGUGGACUGGCCUGAGGCGCUCGAGCUCGCCUACUUCGCCCUUUGGGCCGCGGCUGCCCCGGCGCUCUCCGGGCGAGCGCGGGGCAGGGGCAGGGCCAGGCUCUCGGCCCACGCGCUGGUCCCAGACAUCUCAACGGCCCCAAGCGCUGCCGUCCCGGGGCGGAGCUCAGCUCAGUGAGGGUCGGUCCGGCCGCCCGCGCUGCGGCGGCGGAGGAGGCGGAGGAGGCGGCGGCGGCGGAAGAAGCGGCAGCAGCGGCAGCAGCGGCAGCAGCAGUAGCAGCCCGGGCGGCCGCGGCGGGGGCAGCGGCCCGGGCAGUCGCCCGCGCGGCCCCCGGCCCCCAGCCAUGGGCAAUGGGCUGUCGGAGCCCGGCCCCGGCCUCCUGGCCGGCCUUCCUCCCUUCCAGUGCUUCCACAUCGUUAUCCUGGGCCUGGACUGUGCCGGCAAGACCACGGUGCUGUACCGCCUGCAACUGGACGAGUUCGUGAACACGGUGCCCACCAAGGGCUUCAACACGGAGAAGGUGCGUGUGACGCUGGGCAACGCCAAGACUGUGACCUUCCACUUUUGGGACGUGGGCGGCCAGGAGAAACUGCGGCCGCUCUGGAAGUCGUACACUCGCUGCACCGACGGCAUCGUCUUCGUCGUGGACUCUGUGGACGUGGAGCGCAUGGACGAGGCCAAGACGGAGCUGCACCGCAUCACGCGGCUGGCCGAGAACCAGGGCGUGCCCGUGCUGCUCGUGGCCAACAAGCAGGACCUCCGCGACUCGCUGCCGCUCGCCGAGAUCGCGCGCCUGCUGGCCGUGGGCGAGCUGGCCGCAUCCACGCCGUGGCACCUGCAGCCCACCUGCGCCAUCAUCGGCGACGGCCUGCGCGAGGGCCUCGAGAAGCUGCACGAGAUGAUCCUCAAGCGCCGCAAGAUGCUGCGCCAGCAGAAGAAGAAGAGAUGAGGUCGCGCGCGCGCGUGGGGCCGCCGAGCCACGCCACGCCAGGCCACGGGGGCGGGGGGCCGGGGCCCGCGGGAGCCCGGAGAGGCUGGGCCUGGCCCCGGCCCCCGGUGUGCACCGCCGCCGCCCGCCGGGCUAGGAACUGACCAGCACACACAGCAGCUGUAGGCAAUUGACCUCAAGUCACUAGUGAAAUAAAGCUAUGGACGAUGGCCGAAUGUCUGUCCGCCGGGCCGCGGGGGGGCCCGGGGGGGAGCGGGGCCGCCAGCGGGCCCUGGAGCAUGUUCGGGCGGAGAGCGCAGCGGGCGCCCUGGAGCCUCCGGGGAAGGGAGUGUGGGGGGCGGGUCGGACCUUGUCAGUAUUGGGGGAGGAUGCGGAGCAGCUGCCGGGGCUGAGGGGCUUUACGUUCUUGUUUACAAUCGAGCAAACAGUGUUAGGUGGGGAGGACCGGGGGACGGGGCAUUCGAGCGGCUGGAGAAAGCUGUAGGGAGCCCCUGGACCGGGCUGGGGGAAGCCGUGAAGUGCAGUGUGGACGCGCUUUCACCGCCGCCACCAACAGGGCAUCCUCUUCUGCCAACCAGCAAUGACUUGUGACUGCCGCGGGUGGAGAAAACACCACCGGAAUUUGGGUGUGUGAAAGCGGAUUUUUACCGCCAGCCACUGUUUGUUCUGAAGGGACCACAAUGCACUUUAGCAGGACUUUUUUCUCUGUUCUGACAGUUACUUAUUAACACACAGUGUUUCCAGGCACCCACCAAGGCCCAUUACAGUGAGGAAGAGUUAAGGUGCCUCCAUCCACUGACUUCCAAUCCUUCAGGGUGGUUCCAGCCCUCUGGGCAUCGGCAAAGCCUGGAAGAAUAAAGAAAGAAGGGACUUUGGGCCAGCCGGAACUUGGUCUCCAUGUAGGAAGGAGGAGCUGCUAACAACAAUCUGUGGCAUUUCUAGUGCCCCAGAAAGCCUGAAGAUGUGGCCACCCCCCCCCCCAGCAAGGCCAGGAAAUAGAGCCCCCCAUUUGGAUUGUUGGCAAGCUGUGGGAUUGUAAAUGGGAAACCCCCAAAGGAGGAGCUGAAACUACUCGUGACAUGGAAGGGUAAAGGUGGGAGAAGGGUUGGCAGAGGGGGCCAAAGACCCCCUCUUUCUUCUAAAUUUCUUCUAAAUCUCUCAUUUCUCCCAAA